UAGGGUACAAGUUUGUAAAGCUAGUCACAGACAAAGAAGACUACCAGUCAUUUGGGUGAGAUUUCUUGUUCCAGCAAUUUGUUGCAUCCUUGAAGCAAAAUACAGAAAAAUCCAGGUAGAUUUCAAAAUGCCUCCUCCAGCAGUUCCAUAUGGCAUGUGCUUAAAAGUCGUAAACGACCGCAACUCGAAGGGUGGAAUGGGCUCUGAAACAAAUCCUUUGAGGUUCAUGGAUCAGGACUACAACUUUUUACAAGACUACUGUCUCAAGACAAGACAGAGAUUUGUUGAUGAGUUUUUCCCACCAGAUCCCCGUUCCAUUGGUGAAGGGCUGCUGGAUCCAGAUGUCAUGGCCAGGGUGGAGUGGAAAAGACCAAUGGUGUUGUAUCCAAAUGCAGCUGAAUUUGUUGUAGAGACAGUGUCCAGGUUUGACUAUGCCCAAGGGAAUGUAGGAAACUGUUGGUUUCUGGCCUCUGUUGGGGCUCUGACAUUUCAAACCAAAUUAUUACAGAAGGUUGUUCCAGAUGGACAGUCAUUCAGCCACAACUAUACUGGUUUAUUUCACUUCAGGUUCUGGCGGUUUGGGAAAUGGUAUGACGUUGUGAUUGAUGACAAACUGCCAACCUACAAUGGCAAGCUGAUUUUUGUGAGAUCAAAAACAUAUAAUGAGUUCUGGCCUGCUUUGCUAGAGAAAGCAUAUGCCAAGGUGUGCGGCUCCUAUGCUGACAUGCAUUCUGGUCGAGUAUCUGAGGCCCUCUUGGACUUUACCGGUGGGGUUCAUAUGCACUAUGAACUGAAAACAGCUCCUGCUGAUUUGUGGGAGAUAAUGUACCGUGCUUACCAGUCAGAGGUCCUUAUGGGCUGUGAAACUCCACCAGGGAAUGAGAAUCGGUUACCAAAUGGCAUAGUCCUGGGCCAUGCUUACACCAUAACCAAGGUUUACCAGGUCAUGAGUGGUAGCAACCCAGUUCACCUGGUUAGAUUGUUCAACCCAUGGGGAGACAGUGAGUGGAAUGGAGACUGGAGUGACAAAUCACCUUUGUGGAACACAGUGAACGAUGAGGACUACAAACAACUCCUUGUGCGUGAAAACGGAGAGUUCUGGAUGUCAAUGAAAGAUUUUGUUAGAACAUUUGACAACAUGGAUAUCUGCUGUAUCUGUCCUGAUUUUCUGGAAGAGCAGUCUGCUUGUCACUGGACUUCCAAAUACCACCAUGGCAGCUGGGUUACUGGGAGCACAGCUGGAGGCUGCAUGAAUCAUCCAGACACCUUCUGUAAAAACCCCCAGUUUUGGUUGAGGAUUAGUGAGCUUGAUAAAGCCUGUGAACAGGGUCAGAAGAAUGUUCUGGUGUCCCUCAUACAGACACCCGACAAGAGACACAGACGCCGCGCUGCACACCAUGGCAUCGGCUUCUAUGUGUUUGCAAUUCCACCUGAGAUGAGAUCUGAGGGAAAGUUUGGAUCAAGCUUUUUCUCUACAAGAAAGCCUGUGGUAACAAGCGGGGACUUUCAGGAUGCAAGACAGGUGAUGAAAUUCUUCAGGCUGGAGCCGGGAGAGUAUCUCAUCGUACCGUCCACAUUCCAUCCCAAUAAGAGUGGAGAAUUCAUUCUGUGCAUUCUCUGCAAAAAUGAGAUCCACAUUCAAAAGGACACAGAAAGAAUGGAGAAAGAUUUUCUUGUGGAUCUUUUAGGCGGGUCUGAGGUCAAAUACACUGAAAAUGUGGAUGAAAGAUCAAAAACUAGAGCACAAUAUUUUCGACAAUAUUCUGAUCAGUACAAAGUUGUUGAUGCUGAGAAGCUUCAACAGCUUCUUCAUGAAAACCUACUUAGAGGUAAUAAAAACACUGAAGGAUUUGGCCUGGAUUCCUGUAGAAGUAUAAUUGCCAUGUCAGAUUUCAAUGUUACUGGAAGACUUCGCGGACCAGAAUUUCUUCGUCUAUGGAACAGUAUCAUGAUGUACAGGGAUAUCUUCUACAGCAUGGAUUCUUCUAAAGAUGGCGUUUUGUCUUUGAACGAACUGCAAAAUGCAUUAGAGAAAACAGGCCUGCAUCUAAAUGAAGACAUCCUGAAUCUCAUGUUUGUGCGGUAUGCUGGUGCUUCUGAACACAUUUCUCUGGAGGGUUUCAUCUGCCUUGUCAUGCGUUUGAACUGCAUGGCCAGAAUAUUCCAGAGACUGUGUGAAAAUGGAAAGAUAACUCUUGAUGAGAGUGAGUGGAUUGGACUCACCAUGUACUCAUGAGGAAACAUGUGCUUGCCAGGACAUUUACCAAGAAAUGCAGGCAGCAGUGUCAAAAGAACAGUCAAAAACAGCCUAAACAUUUCUUUCAUUUCAUUUUAUUUUCUAUGUCAAAUUGAUAAACAAAUUUAAAUUGCUUUUCUCUGUUUAAAGGGGUCAUCGGAUGCCCAUUUUCCACAAGUUGAUAUGAUUCUUUAGGGUCUUAUUGAAAAAUGUAUAAUAUUCUUUGGUUAAAAAUUCUCAGUGUGGGUGUAAAUUACACCUACCUUGCCAAAAUCAGCUCUGCAAAAAUCAUCCUGUUCUGGUCGAGGUUGCUUUAAAUGCAAAUGAGCUCUGCUUGCUCCACCCCUCUCUUCUUUCUGUGGAGUGGCGAGCAUCUUUACUUUAGCCACAUUUAGCCACUAAACUUGCUAACUAGCACGUUAUUAGGUAAGGCGAUCGCAAAUAUUUAUAAAAAAAACCCCUUAUACACCUGCUGUAGGUGAAGAUGGAUCACGAAUGAUUUGCGCGAGCACAGACACAUUUAUGUAGAUCGGGAGGCGCAUUCCCUUCACAAACAAACGUAAUCUACUGCAUCUUCAGUGGCUCAGAUGUCGGGAGUAAAUGAUGACCACUAUGUUCAUUAUUACAUCCAGCAUCACAACACUUCAAUCGCUCAAUCAGAGAUAUUCUUGUCUAAUUUACAUCCCUGCUCCAGCAUCGAAACAAUGGAGAUCGGAUUGUUACAGCUGAUUUAAGGCGGGUCCGAGGUAAGACGCUCAUGUCAAUCAACUAUAGCGGGAGCGGCCUCUGACAGGCAUCUGAGAACGGCUCGAUUUGAAAAAGAGGAUAUUAUUUUUACAGAUUAAUUAAAAAUCACUGCAUGGAUUUGUAUCAUUAUAGGGUAGAUUUGUACAUACACUGCCAACAUACAUUAAUGUUCAAACAACAUGGAAAAGUGAACUUUGCAUCCGAUGACCCCUUUAAAAGUUAUGCGUGUAAUGUACUGUAUGUAUUUCUCAUUGUAAACACUUGUAGUCACUGUUGCUGUAAAGAAAAGCACAUUCAAGCAGAUGCGCUAUUUUAAUGCUAGUUCUGAUGUUAGUUUAUUAUUAUUUCAUUUUGUGAAGAAUGAAUGUUUCUCAGUACAACAUUAUAUAAAGGGCCUAUUCUCAUCCACAUAUUCUAUUUUUUUUAGAAACAACCUUUUGAUUUUUAGAACAGUUUAUACUAAUUAAAA